GGAUCCAAUAUUCACGGAGGCGUUGGCAUGCAAGGAAGCUCUUUCAUGAAUAAAACGUAAAGAUGUUUCGUCUGUUACUAUUUUCCCAUAUAAUUUGCAUAUGGUUAAUGCGAUUAAUGAUGCUUUAUCAUCAAAUCAAUCUUAUUUUGGAGGAAUCAUUGAAGACUACAAAUCUUUAAUGUUUGAGUUUCGAGACAAUUCAUUUAGUCACGUUCUUCGCUCUGGUAAUUCGUUUAUUGCUCACAGGAAGCAGUUCACACAUCCGAGAGAGAAGCCAUCAUCUUCAACAGCUCAAACACAGUCUCCGUCACCGGCCGGCUUCAUUUCCAGCAUGCAUUUCUCUGGAGAUGGCACUGAAGAUCCCGAGCUCGAAACGACACAUUUUCCCCCCUCAGGAGAAUUCAAAGACGGAUCAGUUGCUUCAAGUUUCAGCUUUUGGGAAUAGUCGGUUCUCCUUGCCGGAUGCUUUUUCGCCUCAUUAGGUAAUGUGUUUUGAUUCUUUCCAUUGGCAUAGUACCUAGAAAGGGCAUGUUUUGGAACAUAAUCAUUGAGGUUUUUCCUUAGCCUCCAUCUUGAUCCACACGCAUUGCAUAGAACUGGUUUUUCCGGCGGCCCCAUUCUCCAAAGUGGAGUAUCUGUUCCAUUGUUUUUGAGUCUAAGGGGUUGAUUCUGAUUAACAACAAUUAACUCAUACAGAAGACCAUUACAAUUGAUUUUUUUUAAUUUUCUUGGUUCUUUGCAAAUCUAUAAAAGACUCACAAAGGG